AUGACAGCCACUCCAACCCACUCAAACAAAAUCACCCUUCCCGCAACCAGCACCCCCGUCCCCCUCCCCCCGACCCUCCACAGCACGCUCCUCUCCGCGCUCCUGGCCCAACCCGCCGCGGUCCCCCGAAUCCAAUCCGCCAUCUCCCACGAACUCGCCGCAGCCGGCUGGACAACCGCCCUGCGCACUCGUAUCGCGCAACUUCUACGCAAUGGGGACUGCGCGACGUACGAGGAGCUGAUGGCGCGAGUGCUACGGGAAGCGCGAGGGGACGCAGGGGGCCAGAACGGGUUUAAUGGGCAUGGUGGGGAGAACGGAGACGGGGAGGCGGGAGAGAGGGUGGAGAUUAAAAUUCCGGAGAAGGCGGUUAAGGAGGGGGUUAAGGCUGUCAGGAGGGAGUUGGAGGCGGUUUGUGAGGUCGUCAGGGAUGGGGAGUGA